AUGGAGCAGCUGCAAGUAGAAGAGGAAAAGAGCAUCCUGGAGGCUAAGAGUGCAGCACUGCUGAAGUUCGAGGAAGGUGAGGGGAUGUGCGCUCAGGAGUCAACACAGCUGCUGCCAGCAACCCGUCUCAUCACCUCCACUGGUGAGACAGCACAGCUGCCGUCAGCAGGCCACUUCAACGCCUGCACCGACGAGACAGCACAGCUGCUGUCAACAGGCCACUUCAACACCUGCACCGAUGAGACAGCACAGCUGCUGUCAGCAGGCCGCUUCAACACCUGCACUGAUGAGACAACACAGCUGCUAACAAGCGACGCCUACACCAAGGCCAAAGAGAAAUUGGUCAGUCGGUAUGGCAACGACUACCUGCUGGCGAACUCGUACUCCAAGCGACUGCGAGACUGGCCGGUGAUCAGAGGAGGAGACAACAAGGGACUUCAACAGUUGGCAGACUUCCUGGAACACUGUCUGAUGGCCUCAAGUGCCAUUGCUGGUAUGAGGACGCUGGACGACCCGUACACAGUGCAACUGGUGCUGAAGAAAUUGCCAUACUACGUCUCCGACAGGUGGAAACGCGUCGUGGACAGUAGCGUGUUCGGGCGCUCUCCUCGCAAGUUCAUCAAGAUGACGCUCACAGACAGAAGACACGCAGUUGAAGAGAAGAGGCUGUGCCGAGGCUGCCUGCGACCCGGCCACAUGUGGCGUGACUGCCGCAGGAAAGAGAGGUGUUCAGUCUGUCAGCGUCUCCACCCAUCUCUGCUGCACGAUGACGUCAUCCAAAUCAAGACAAAGGAAGCCACACGGAAGACAUCGCAAGCAAGAGAGUCGCAACAGCGUGCGUCCCCGGAGACGUCAGCAAAAGCGACAACAUUGCGAUCCAGUCUAGGCGACAAGCAGGAGCACAACUCAUCUCACUGUCACACAAUGAUCGUGCCAGUGAAGGUCUUCCACAGGCACCGUCCGGAGCGCGCGCUCAUCACGUACGCGCUACUGGACGCCCAGUCGGACGCCAGCUUCAUGACUGACUCAGUCUGCAAGACGCUACAAGUCAGCGGCUCAGAAGUAGAGCUGGAACUCAGUACCAUGGCCGGCACGACAUCAUUCUCAAGUCAGUUAGUGAAGGAUCUUCGCAUCGAGAGUCUGGCUGACGGCAGUGUAACAGAUCUUCCAGACAUGUACACUCGUGCUCACAUACCAGCUGAUCGCAGUCUGAUACCGCAACCCAAAACCUGCGAGAAGUGGCCCCAUCUCCGCCAGCUUGCAGACGACAUCCACGACGAGUUCGCGGAUGCGGAGAUCGGUCUACUGCUCGGCAUUAACUGUGCCAGAGCCAUCAAGCCCAGAGAGAUCAUCCCUGGAGACAACGACGACCCGUGGGCGGUGAGAACGAUGCUCGGCUGGGGAAUAGUGGGACUCGUCAGUGAAUUUUCACCGACGUCCUGCUUCCUCGUGUGCACCAACAACCAGAGUCGACUAUGUCACUUCUCAUACAGGACGCGUGUCAAGGAAACGAGUCUUCGUCAGCUCCAGAACGUGUUCGACUGUGACUUCUUCGAUGGCAAAGCCGGCAAGCCAAUGUCACAAGAAGACAUCAUCUUCGUCCAAACCAUGGAUAGUGGCAUGCACCAACUCAGCAACGGCCACUACGAGGCGCCGCUGCCGCUGAAGCCGGACGGCGGCCUCCUGCCGAACAACCGUGACCUCGCGAAAAGUCGACUGCGCUGGCUCAAAGGGAAGCUAGUGAAAAACAAGGAGCUGCGCGACGACUACGAGGCCUUCAUGAAGGAGCUGCUCGACAAAGGCUACGCGGAACGGGUGCCAGAGGCAGAGCUCACGAUUCAAGACGGACAAGUGAACUACGUUCCGCAUCACGGGGUAUAUCAUCCCAAGAAAAGGAAACUGAGAGUCGUGUUUGACUGCAGCGCAACCUACAACGACGACUCCCUGAACAAUCACCUGCUUCAAGGACCGGAUGAAAACAACAACCUGAUCGGGAUCCUCAUCCGACUCAGGGAAGGAGCUGUCGCCUUCUGUGGCGACAUAGAAGGUAUGUUUCACCAGGUCCGGGUGAAUACUGAGCACCGCAACCUACUAAGGUUUCUGUGGUGGGAAGAGGGAAACCUGGAGAGUGAACCGAGAGAGUUUCGCAUGUGCACGCAUUUGUUCGGCGCCACCAGCUCGCCUGCGGUGGCCCUGUGCGCGCUGAGACGAACGGCUGACGAGCACGGCGACGACAGCGCCACUGGCGCAUCCAACUUCGUGAAGAACAGCUUCUACAUCGACGAUGGUGUCUUCUCGACCUCCAGCUCAUCUGAAGCUCUGCAGCUGAUCCAAGACGCUGUCGAACUCUGCGCCAAAGGAGGAUUCAAGCUGCACAAGUUCAUGUCGAAUGAUGCCGAGGUCCUGAAGAAGCUCCCCGUCUACAGCCUGUCUCGAAGCUCGAGGGAGGCGAUCUGCGAGGGGAAGUCACUGCCGUGCGAGAGAGUACUCGGUAUUCAGUGGAAUACCAGUAGCGACACACUCUACAUCGAACCUACGCUGCCAGAAAAGCCAGCCACCAGGAGAGGAAUCCUGUCAUCGCUCAGCUCCCUCUACGACCCUCUGGGGUUCCUCAGCCCAUGUACACUGAUAGCGAAGAACCUGCUCAAGAAGCUCUGCACUAGGUCUCAUUUGUAUUAG